AUGGUUGAUCUGCAUUCCCUCCCAGAUGGCUCUCGACCAGACAAGGCGAUUCGAAAUAAUGGGCCAGAUGACCUAGCCUUACAACGUUACAAGCUGCGCGAACUGGCCGAAGGGGAUGCCUGCGAGUGGGAGAACUUCGCUUCAAUCUUCCAUCCAGACGCCUAUGUGUACACGACUUGGACAGGCCGGACGCCGUACAGGGACUUUAUCGAAGCCUCGAAAAGGGGCAUGGAUAACGGCGCCUUUAUAAUGCACCGGGUUCACGGGUCGACGACGGAUAUCAACGUGGAAGGCACACGUGCCGUGACCAAGAUGAAAGCUGCCAUCACGCAGCGAUUCGACCUCGACGGGAUCGAGGCCGACGCCGAAUCAGAUUGUCGCUUCUGCUUCUUCUGGGAGAGGGACGUGGCCACCGGGGUGUGGGCUGCUCGCUUCGUCCGGCACUGGUAUGAAAAGGACAAAUUGAUCCCCGUCAAUCCUGCAAAAGUGCCGGUGCUGGAUGACGAAAAGCUUAAGAUGUAUCCUACCGGCUAUCGUUACCUAGCAUACUGUCAGGAGGCCGUGAUGGGAGUCAAGGUGAAAUUGGACAUGCCUGGCCAUCGGCGUGAAGGUGACAACGACUGUGGCCGAGCUCAUGAUGAACUGUACCGACAGUGUAAGAAAUGGGUAGAAGGCGAAACAGUGGACAUAUAG